AUGGCUACCACCGUCCUUCCAAACCACGGCGCCUCCGUGCCCGACGUCGUCGCAAUCGGCGAUGAGGCAGAAGACCUCUCCAGCUGGCAGAAACGCUCCGCCAUCAACAAGGAGAACCAAAUCCGGCUGGUGAAGCUGGCGCAUAUGCGGUAUCAGCAUCCGGAUCUGGAGCAAAUUACCACUUUUCUCAUCGACUUUGGAAUGCGAAUCGCCUGCAGAACCGAUAAUGAGAUCUGGUUCCGCGGAUACGGCAGCGAUCAGUACGUGUACUACGCCUGCAAAGGGCCGAAGAAAUUCCUCGGCGGGACUUUUCAAGUCGAGUCUUACGAAGAUUUGGAGAGAGCAGCAAAGCUCCCAUCAGCCGCCGAGAUCCGUGAAAUGAAAGAUGCACCUGGCGGCGGCUACAUCCUAACCCUAACCGACCCGGAUGGAUUCCCUGUAAAUCUCAUGUUCGGCCAAACACCCGCUGCGACGGGCGCGUACCCUGAGAAACUAACCCUCAAUUAUGAGGCUGAGAAGGCCCGCAAGCUCAAGUUUCAGCGGUUUAAGCCUGGUCCGGCGGCCGUGCACAAACUUGGCCAUUUCGGCGUCUGUACCCAGAACUUCACCGAAAUGGUAUCCUUCUACACGACCAAUUUCAACAUCGCCCCAACCGACUUUCUAUACGUCACCAGCCCGGACGGUAAGAAGAAAAACGUCGCGCUGUUCGCGCAUAUCGACCGCGGAGAGGAGCUCGUCGACCACCACUCCUUCUUCAUCACUAGCAACGCAACUAGCCAUGUCCACCACUGCUCGUUUGAGGUCCACGACUAUGAUACCCAGAACCUGGGCCAUCAGUGGCUCGCCCAAAAGGGGUAUGAGUCUGUGUGGGGCGUUGGCCGGCAUAUUCUCGGUUCCCAGAUUUUUGAUUACUGGUGGGAUACUACUGGUAAUAUGAUUGAGCAUUAUGCAGAUGGGGAUUUGGUUAAUGAGAAAACGCCUAUUGGGUAUGGGCCGGCGGGAGAUGAGUCGUUGGCUGUUUGGGGCCCGGAGGUGCCGGGGUGGUUUUUGCAGUAG